GUGGUCUAUUUCUCACCCACGCCACGUCGUCGUCAACCAGCCUUGCCCUCAUUACCACCACAGCCCCCGCUCUCAUCGCAUCCAUGAUAGCCUCUCGCUACCGCGCCUAGAGUUCAAAGUCGCAGAGAGGCAUGGCCACAUCCCCGCCGGAUUCGCCGCCGCAGAGGCAAAGGCGCGCCAUGAUGCCGACGACAUCUUCGGUGUCUGCGCCCGUCUCUCCUUCGGCGAGCUUUGCCAGCCUCGAGGUAUUGCGCAACUCCAUUGCUAUGCGCAGCGGUGACCUCGACCUCGACGAAAGCGCACAUACCUUUCCAAUCAGCGAUGAGGCUGUCCCACGCGCAUCCUCGUCGGCAUCCUCUCCAUCCUCCCCACGCCUAUCGAUGUCCUCAUCAUCCACACCGAGAGGUCUUCGCCGACCAAAGUCGCGGACAUCCAUCGACCGGCGUAUACGAUCCGAGUCGACGUCAUCAUCCCCAGCAUCCCCUUCAUCUGCGCUGCCCAUGAUCUCGCCCCUCUCUCCACUCUCUAUGACCAACCUACCCAGCUCUUCCCUCUUCCCUCACUCCUCUGAGAGGCGGCUCUCGCCCUUUCAUGACUUUCGUGGUACAGGCUUCACGCCAGCGACUACUCCGCCAGCGAUGGAGUCGCCGCGGCUUUCACCUCUGGAGACAGGCUCGUGGCCAGCUCCCGUGCGAGCCGCAGCUGGCGGCUCUUCUGCAGGUAGUGGAAGCCUUAGCUCGUCUGCUUCAGCUCGGCCGUCAGGCUCGCGCAGCCACAGCGGUCGUCAACAGCAGCAUUCAUCUAGCAGAAAUCGUUUGCGCUCAUCAUCCGAUGUGGCGGGAGGAAGUGCUCCAGGCUCGCGGCGAAAUAGCGGUCAUUUCAGCUCAGUCGCGACCUCAUCCUCCUCCCGCCGGAGAACGCGACACCGCUCGAAUUCGGGCGCCAGUCUUACGUCCUCGCAAGGCUUCCCAGAAUCUGAUGCGAGUGAUACUGGCGAGGAGGGCGACGUCGAGGUGGGAGCUGGAGAAGGGACAGGCAUUCGCUGUAAUGGCAAUGCACGACCAGUCCGUCCAGGUCGGACUCAUAGCAGCCCGCAUCUCCACUUUCAGAGCGCAUCCUUGCCAAUCGGGCUACCCUCGUCUUCAACAGGAAAUCAUACGUACGAUGGGGCCUGGCAGACUAUGGUAAUGGAUGCAGCUCAGCGCUCCCCAGUGGGCUACUUUGGCAUCAGUCCCAGUGGCGGAGAGGGGGGAAUUUCUCCGGGGGAUCCCCGCCUUUGGCAAUUGCACGCAGCUGCCUUAGGCGCCGCAGCUGGGCUUGACACCGCCGUCAAUGGUCUUUCCGACGCGGCGUCGCCCCACCAUAUGCCCGCGGAUGUGCGCGAGAUGCUUCCGCCUCCUCCGCCGUACCAGGCCAACGAUGCAGACUUCCCACCGCCUCGCCCCGCAAAUGCGGUGGACGGAGCUUCCAUCAACGCUCAGGCUGCUGCGGACAUGGAUGAUGACGACGGUCUGGCUUUCGAGACAAGGCGCAACAGGGGGCAUUCUGCCUCCGCGUCCGUCCCUCUCCAACAGCAUGGCGUAGCUCCUUCAUCUGCCAUCGGUGAGGCGCGGCGCCGAAUCUCUACAACUCCAGCACCGCCAACGCGAGCUCAAGCUCCAGACGCCGAGGAGGCUGCACAGCCCCCUGCUUGGCAACCGAAAAGCGACACCGAAGGCGAAGAAGCAAACGAGGUCUCACACUCUCGAACGACCUCGUCCACUCGAUCGAGGCGGGAACGUCGUCCACCAACCAGAAGUGAAGGGCGCUCGACAGCCAACGAUCACCGUCGCCGACUGCCCGCAACAUCGUCGCGACGAGUCACGGAAGUCAGCGCAGACAAAGACGACGACAGCGAUGACGAUGGCUUCUCACCCUGGCUUCUCCGCCUGCUUCUCCAUCCAUUGCGCAUGCUAGCCGCCGUACCCGGCUUCGUAGGCACCUUCUGGCUUCUACGCAACACCGCGCUGCACAUGUCGCGCUCUACACCUCGCGGCUCUCUUCUGCAAAAAGGUCGACUCCUCAACGUGGCCGAAUACCCGCACGCGCGCGCUACCUGCGGGCUCGACUUCCUCUUGGCGAGCCUGUGGGCCCUGUGCACGGCGUACCACGCCCUCUCCCUCACCACGCUUUUGCUGCGCAGGUGGCUCAUCUACUACUCGCUCUUCCCCUCGCUCAUCCGAUUGAUCGCCCUGCAGGCCAUCUGCUGGCCGCUCGUUCGCCUGACGAUCUUCGUCGCUGGCCCUGACAGGCCGGUCGAAGCGUGGAUCGUCAUUGCGUCUUUCACCGCCUUCAGUGACGUCGUGGCGAGAUGGGUCACGAGUAACAUCGCCGAUGCGCCCACGCAGAGGGCGCCACCAUCGGGCGGCUCGACGAGGAAUGGAAGGAUGCAAGGAUCUUCUUCUAGGGCCUCGGCGCUCCACACGCCUACAGUGGGCUCGUCCCGAUCGCGCGCCAGCAGUAGGGAGCGCACCCCAGCCUCGACGCUAGCUGGCGGAGAGUCAGGUCCAGCCAUCCGUCCCUCUCGCCCUACCUACACACCAGGCCGCGUACGAGCAGGGCAGCGCUUCUGGCGUGCGAUCAUGGGUUCAGCACCCUUCGACUCCUCUACCUCCGACGAAGAGAGCGGCGAUGAAGACGAAGGGCCGGUGGACGAAGGCGCCCUGCUUGCGGCCGAGGAACGUCAACAAGAGCGCAACGGUGUCCUCAUCAAGACGAGUGCGCUCGAUUCCAUUGGGCGAAGUGGGAUGACCAACAUCCUCCUCAGGCGACUGAGGGGUAUGCGAGCUGCGGGGCGCAAGAAUACAUCGCCCGCUCGAGAAGACGCUGCGGCUACAACGGACGAUGGUGGUGGUGGCGUGACUGGCGCAGAAGAUUCCGUUCUGGAAGGCGAGACAACAGACCCUGGCCUCACCACCGCUGGCCUUACAGGUCUUGACGACGAUGACGACGAUGAAGAUCUGCACGACUCGCUCCAACUUCAGGAUGGCGAAACGCCCACUGAAGCCCUGCGUCGUCUUCGCCUCGCUCUGCGACGACGUCGCCGCCGACGCCGUAUGCGCGAGAAGGUAUGGGCCGUCUCCGGAUGGGGGCUUACAGCCUCUGCCGCUGCGAGUAACAGGGCUGCCGCUGUGGCCGCCGCUACGAUGAAAGGGUCGUGGCAUAUCAGAAGCAGGAGGGUCUUUCAUUGGGAGGUUGCGGUAAGGAGAAAUGUGGCGCCCAUUGGCGCACUAGCUUAUGUGACGCUUUGGGGGUUGUUGUUGGCGCGAUGAAGCGGCGCGAGGGGGGCCGCGAGGGGGGAGAGAAGGAGGGGUAAUCAAUCUGUUCAUAGCGCUCUGAGAUACACCUUUCGCCCUUUAUGCUACCGCCAAUACCUCUGCACGCAAUGCGGUAUCUUGAUCUUCAAGCAACCUUGACCUGAUCAUUUCGUCCUUGACAAAGCCUCCUCGUGGUGUUGCAUCGAGUUGAUGCUGUCCUCACGCAGGAGCGCCGACUGUCACGAAGCAAAGCACGCUUUCGUCCUCACCCCACACAAUGCCGAAUUGAGUAUCUCCUUUGCAUCUGACCUGGCUGCCUCUGCCUACAUUUUCUCGACGCUGUCGUACGUGAGCCGGCCAUGC